GCGCUAUUUCUCUCCCCUUUGCGGCAGCGUGGGGCGCAGUCCUUCAGCUCUCCGGCCAAAGCAGAGAGGUCCCGCCCGGCUCUGCGCGCUCCUUUCCCAGCGACUCUCGCAAGAGGCGGCGGCUUCAAGCUGAGCUGGGGAUCGUCAUGGCCGGGCGCGACCUCUCCUCGCUCGCCCUCUGGCUCCUGCCGGGGCUGCUCGUGGCGUGCGUGGACGCCGCCGGUCUCUACUUCCGAGAAGGUCAGAGCUGCUACAAGCCGCUUCCGCGCAACAUCCCCGGAGUCCGAACCUAUCCUCGUCCACAUGAAUAUUUGAAUAUCUCUAAGUUGCCCAAGAGUUGGGACUGGAGAAGCAAAGAUGGAGUCAAUUAUGCGAGCACCACUCGAAACCAGCACAUUCCCCAGUAUUGUGGAUCAUGUUGGGCUCACGGCAGCACCAGUGCCUUUGCAGAUCGCAUAAAUAUCAGGAAGAAAGGUGCCUGGCCCUCAGCGUAUCUCUCUGUUCAAAAUGUGAUUGACUGUGCCAAUGCUGGAUCUUGUGAAGGUGGAUCUGACGUUGGCGUGUGGCAAUAUGCUCAUGAACACGGCAUCCCGGAUGAAACAUGCAACAAUUAUCAAGCUAAAGACCAAACAUGCAAGAAAUUUAACCAAUGUGGAACAUGCACAACCUUCGGGGAAUGCCACGUGAUAAAAAACUAUACCCUCUGGAAAGUGGGAGAUUAUGGCUAUGUGAGCGGUCGAGAGAAGAUGAUGGCGGAAAUCUAUGCAAAUGGACCAAUCAGUUGUGGGAUCAUGGCUACCCCAGGCCUGGACAACUACACCGGAGGAAUUUAUGCUGAAUAUCACUCUGAAACUUACAUCAACCACAUUAUCUCUGUGGCUGGUUGGGGUGUGGAAGGUGGAACUGAAUACUGGAUUGUCCGCAACUCGUGGGGAGAGCCGUGGGGCGAAAAAGGAUGGCUGCGCAUUGUGACAAGUACAUAUAAAGGUGGGAAAGGAGCAGACUAUAAUCUGGCUGUUGAAGAAAUGUGCACAUAUGGAGACCCCAUUGUACCUUGAAUUCUAUUGCAAGAAUUCAAUUUUUCAGCCAGUUGUUUAUUUUUGAGAGAGAAAAUUACUUUCUGCAAGAUUGCCUGGCUACAUAUGGACUGGUAAUUAAACUGAGGUUUCAAUCUUCUUUUUUUUUAAUUAAAGAUUUUGCAUAAACUAUCAAAAUGAAUGUACGGAUUGUGCUGAGAAAACCUGGCACUGUUUUUCAAAUGGAAAUGAGCUGUGAUUUAACCUUGACCCUUUUUACUCAGGGUUCAGGCCAGAUUAUGGGACUGAGACUGCAUCUAAGUGCUCUUACAUGACCUCUUCUGGGAGUGGGAUGGGGGGGUGUCCCACUCCCAGAAGCAUAGAAUCAAAAUUACAUCUCAACACCCUUCAAUAUCAUCGAUUAUGGCUGCCUUCUAGACGGGCUUCGGAAGUUGAGGAUGAGUGACACUGUCUUGGCUUGGUUCUUCUCCUUCCUCUGGAGUCAGUUCCAGUCAAAGUUGGGGGACAGGGAAGAUCUAGCCCACAGCCCCUACUGCAUGGGAUGUCCCAGGGCUCAGUUCUCUUUUGUCUCCUAGUUCACACACACAAGGCCACAAGGUGAGGUAAUCCAACGGUUUGCGGUAUCAAUAUGAAUAUACCCAGCUUUCUAACUCUACUCUGGGCUGCCUGAGCGAUGCCAUGGAUUUCCUAUCUCAAUGCUUGGAAGCUGUAAGGGUCUGGAUGAGGUGCAAUGGGCUAAACAAGACAAAGUGGCUUUGGGUAUUUGGGCGGCAUUUGGUCUUAUGGCUCCCGCUAGAAAAGCAGGUGGCAGCCAUGGCCAGGAGGGCCUUUACACAACUUAGGGCAGUCAUGUCAAACUCGCGAUGUCACGUAACGUCAUUCAAUGUAUCGACAUGGUUUUGCCAUUACGGCAAUGGGGUGGCCGUGGCUUCUGGAUGAUGCAUCCAGCCUGUGGACCGGCAGUUUGACACUCCUGCCUUAGGAUGAUGUGCCUGCUGUGCCUGUUCUUGGAUUGGGAGGCUUUGCUCAGUCACUCAUGCCCUCUCUUCUGCACUGAGCUUUACAUGGGGCUGCCCUUGAAGAGGGUUCAGAAGCUUCAACUGGUAGAGAAUGCAGCUGCACUAGGAAGAAACGGUAUCGGACAGUCAACAUAUACAACACCAAUGCUUUGUGCGUAGCAUUGGUUACCAGCAGUGUUUCCAAGUGCAAUUCAAGGUACUGGUGAUCAUCUUAGAAGCCCUACAUGGUUUGGGGCUGGGUUACCUUAGGGACCAUCUUCUCCCAAUCAUUUCUACUCAUCCAGUUCAGGCAGGCAGGUCGGUCCCGUUAGUCAAAGAAUGUCAGCUGGCAGAAAGCAGGAGAUGUGCCUUCUCUGCCCUCCGGAAGAUUCUUCCUUCAGAUAUCAGGAUGACCCCAACCCUGUUGGCCUUUCACAACUGUUGGCCUUCACACAAUUGUAAAAUUGUGUAUAUAGGCUUGGAGACUAAGUGUGUUAAGGAUCCCAUUUCCUGGCUGUGUUAACAUCCAUAGUAACAGUUUUACUUAGUGCAAUAUAUAUUUUCUACUUUUAAAUUAUUUUAAUGUUUUAUGAUGUGCGCUACCCAGAGUCCACUUGUUGAGAUGGGCAGCUAUAGAAAUAAAAUAAAAUAAAUAAAUAAAAUAAAACAAAUAAUCAUGUUUAA